CGGGAAGAAGGAGCCGGACCGUCGAGUUAUCGAGGGGGGAAGGAGCGAUCGGGAUAAAGCCGGGGAGACGCCGAUGGAGAUUUAAUUCACUAAGCGGUUCCUAUCGGACUAGCCCUUAAAGGGGCCGUAGUAGCAGGUUGAGGCGGUGGUGCUGUGGAGUGCGGGAGUUCUCAGCGGUGGCGGAGGUAGCGGUGAGAGAAACAUUUUAAUUGGUGGGACAUUUAAACGUAAUUUCUUGGUACUGUACCUGGAGACCUUUUGUCCUUGUUCAGCUGCAUACCAAGUGACUCAUAGCUGUAUACGUCUUUUUGUAUCUACUUUCACAUCCUUAAAGCACAAGUUGGACUCCUGGAAAGAAAUGUCAUGAUGGAUCCGUCUUAAGUGUGGUGCACUAACAAUUUAUAUUGUUGAUCAACAAUGCCUUCCAAGUGCCUCAGCACCCACCAGCAGUGUAAGUAAACGUAGAGUUUCUCCCAACAUCAGUUCCGCAUUGGAAAAGAGAAGCAUCAUCAUGUCUAACAUUACUAUUGACCCGGAUGUCAAACCUGGCGAGUAUGUCAUCAAGAGCCUCUUUGCCGAGUUUGCUGUUCAAGCUGAAAAGAAAAUUGAAGUUGUAAUGGCUGAACCCUUGGAAAAGCUCUUGUCAAGAUCUCUUCAAAGAGGUGAAGAUCUUCAAUUUGAUCAGUUGAUAAGCUCUAUGAGCUCAGUAGCAGAGCACUGUCUCCCCUCCUUACUACGCACCUUGUUUGACUGGUACAGGCGUCAAAAUGGAACUGAAGAUGAAUCUUAUGAAUACAGACCUCGAUCUAGCACAAAAUCUAAGGGGGAUGAGCAACAGCGUGAGAGAGAUUAUCUACUUGAAAGGAGGGAUUUAGCUGUAGAUUUCAUUUUUUGUUUAGUUUUAGUAGAAGUUCUAAAACAGAUACCUGUUCAUCCAGUGCCAGAUCCUUUAGUACAUGAAGUUCUGAAUUUGGCUUUUAAGCACUUUAAACACAAGGAAGGGUAUUCAGGAACCAACACUGGGAAUGUGCAUAUUAUUGCAGAUUUAUAUGCAGAAGUGAUAGGGGUUCUUGCUCAAUCAAAGUUUCAGGCUGUUAGGAAGAAGUUUGUCACUGAAUUAAAGGAACUGCGGCAGAAGGAACAGAGUCCUCACGUAGUACAAAGUAUCAUCAGCUUAAUUAUGGGGAUGAAGUUUUUCAGAGUAAAAAUGUAUCCUGUAGAAGACUUUGAAGCAUCAUUUCAGUUCAUGCAGGAAUGUGCUCAAUACUUCCUGGAAGUAAAAGAUAAAGAUAUAAAACAUGCACUUGCUGGUUUGUUUGUGGAGAUUCUCAUCCCUGUGGCUGCUGCUGUUAAAAAUGAAGUGAAUGUGCCAUGUUUGAAAAAUUUUGUGGAGAUGCUCUACCAGACUACCUUUGAAUUGAGCUCAAGAAAGAAGCACUCACUGGCUCUGUAUCCAUUGAUCACCUGCCUGUUGUGUGUCAGUCAGAAACAGUUUUUUUUAAAUAACUGGCACAUUUUCCUGCAGAACUGUUUGUCACAUUUAAAGAUGCCAUCUAACAACAGUAUCAGAAAACAAAUAGAAACACUCCAGAAUAAAGAUCCCAAAAUGUCCCGAGUUGCACUGGAAUCUCUCUAUAGAUUACUCUGGGUUUAUGUUAUUAGAAUAAAAUGUGAAAGCAACACUGUAACACAAAGCCGUCUCAUGAGCAUUGUAUCAGCACUUUUCCCCAAAGGCUCACGUAGUGUGGUCCCUCGAGACACACCUCUAAAUAUAUUUGUGAAGAUUAUUCAGUUCAUUGCUCAGGAACGCUUGGAUUUUGCAAUGAAAGAAAUAAUAUUUGAUCUUCUCAGUGUUGGAAAAUCAGCUAAAACCUUCACUAUUAAUCCAGAGCGCAUGAAUAUAGGCCUCAGAGUCUUCCUUGUGAUAGCUGACAGUUUGCAGCAGAAAGACGGUGAACCACCAAUGCCAACAACAGGAGUUGUUCUUCCCUCAGGAAACACUCUGCGUGUAAAGAAAAUUUUUCUCAAUAAAACUCUGACAGAUGAAGAAGCAAAAGUUAUAGGAAUGUCAAUAUACUACCCUCAAGUAAGAAAAGCACUAGACAGCAUUCUUAGGCAUCUGGACAAAGAAGUUGGGAGACCAAUGUGCAUGACUAGUGUACAGAUGUCAAAUAAGGAACCUGAGGACAUGAUCACGGGGGAGAGAAAACCUAAGAUUGAUUUGUUCAGAACUUGUAUUGCUGCUAUCCCAAGACUGAUUCCAGAUGGCAUGAGCAGGACUGACCUUAUUGAAUUACUAGCAAGGCUGACAAUUCACAUGGAUGAAGAACUCCGUGCCCUCGCUUUCAAUACUCUACAGGCAUUAAUGCUUGAUUUUCCGGACUGGCGGGAAGAUGUUCUUUCAGGAUUUGUUUAUUUUAUUGUGCGUGAAGUGACUGAUGUCCAUCCAACCCUUCUUGACAGUGCAGUAAAGAUGUUAGUGCAGCUAAUAAAUCAAUGGAAACAAGCAGCCCAAAUGCACAAUAAAACCCAAGAUUCUCAGCGUGGUGCCGCUAAUGGAACUGCCCAUACUCUUCCCCUGGAGAGGACCCUUUACUCCAACGUAUUUCAUAUUGUGGAAGGCUUUGCAUUGGUCAUUCUUUGUAGCACAAGGCCUGCGACCAGAAGAUUAGCUGUCAGCAUUCUUCGAGAAAUGCGGGCUUUGUUCACCCUUUUAGAAAUUUCCAAGGGUGAUGAUGAGCUGGCAAUAGAUGUGAUGGACAGACUGAGUUCAUCUAUUCUUGAGAGUUUCAUACAUCUAACUGGGGCAGAUCAGACUACUUUACUGUAUUGCCGCAGUUCAAUAGAUUUACAAACAUUAGCUGACUGGAGCUCCUCCCCAAUCAGCCACCAGUUUGAUGUGGUGAGUCCAUCACAUAUAUGGAUAUUUGCACAUGUGACCCAGGGCCAAGAUCCAUGGAUUGUAAGCCUCUCCAGUUUUAUGAAACAGGAAAAUCUUCCAAAACACUGCCCAACAGCUGUAAGCUAUGCUUGGAUGUUUGCUUACACAAGACUCCAACUGUUGUCUCCACAGGUUGACAUUAACAGCCCUAUCAAUGCCAAGAAAGUAAAUACUACUACAAGUAGUGAUUCAUAUAUUGGGCUCUGGAGAAAUUACCUGAUUCUUUGCUGCAGUGCAGCAACUUCCACAUCCUCUUCCACAUCUGCAGGUUCUGUGAGAUGUUCCCCUCCUGAGACGCUGGCGUCUACUCCUGACAGUGGUUAUAGCAUUGAUUCAAAAAUUAUUGGCAGUCCGUCCCCUUCAUCCUUGUUUAAGCACAUAGUUCCAAUGAUGCGCUCUGAGAGCAUGGAAAUUACAGAAUCCCUUGUGCUGGGACUUGGCAGGACCAAUCCAGGAGCUUUUAGGGAACUAAUAGAAGAAUUACAUCCUAUAAUUAAGGAAGCACUUGAAAGAAGACCAGAGAAUAUGAAACGACGCAGGCGUCGAGAUAUUUUACGAGUACAGCUAGUACGAAUAUUUGAACUGCUGGCAGAUGCUGGUGUUAUUAGUCACAGUGCAAGUGGUGGCCUUGAUAAUGAAACACAUUCCCUCAACAACACUUUAUUGGAGUAUGUCGAUCUCACUAGACAACUCCUGGAGGCAGAAAAUGAAAAGGACUCUGACACAUUGAAAGAUAUCCGAUGCCAUUUUAGUGCCUUAGUGGCAAAUAUCAUUCAAAAUGUUCCAGUGCACCAGAGAAGAAGUGUCUUUCCUCAGCAGAGCCUACGUCACAGUCUCUUUAUGUUGUUCAGUCACUGGGCAGGUCCAUUUAGCAUCAUGUUUACCCCCCUGGAUAGAUACAGUGAUAGGAAUAUGCAGAUAAACAGACACCAGUACUGUGCUUUGAAGGCUAUGUCUGCUGUACUGUGUUGUGGCCCUGUUGCAGAUAACGUAGGACUCUCAUCAGAUGGUUAUUUGUACAAAUGGCUGGAUAAUGUUUUGGAUUCACAAGACAAAAAGGUGCAUCAGUUAGGCUGUGAGGCAGUUAUGCUGCUGUUGGAGCUCAACCCUGACCAGAGUAACCUCCUGUAUUGGGCUGUGGAUCGGUGUUACACAGGUUCCAAGCGGGUUGCAGCUGGUUGUUUUAAAGCCAUAGCCAGUGUGUUUCAGAACAGGGAUUACCAGUGUGAUACAGUGAUCAUCCUAAAUCUGAUAAUGUUUAAAGCCGCUGAUUCUGCUAGGGCUAUCUAUGAAGUUGCUAUGCAACUAUUACAGAUCUUGGAACCUAAGAUGUUUCGCUAUGCUCACAAAUUGGAAAUUCAGAGAGGUGAUGGGGUACUGGGUCAGCCUUCUCCUUUGCCACACCUGUAUUCUGUGUCAUAUUAUCAACUGUCGGAGGAAUUAGCAAGGACGUACCCUGAGCUAACUCUUGCUGUCUUCUCAGAGGUAAGCCAGAGAAUUCAAACAGCACGCCCUGCUGGGAGACAGGUGAUGCUGCACUAUUUGCUACCGUGGAUGAAUAAUAUUGAGUUGGUAGAUUUGAAACCUUUGCCAACAAUACGGCAUCAAGAUGAAGAUGAAGAGGAUUCUUUAAAAGACCGAGAAAUGAUGGUAAACAGCAGACGCUGGCUACGAGGAGAAGGCUGGGGAUCACCACAGGCUACUGCUAUGGUUUUAAACAAUCUGAUGUAUAUGACAGCACAGUAUGGUGAUGAAGUGGCAUGGUCAGAGAUAGAGAAUGUCUGGACUACUCUAGCAGACAGCUGGCCAAAGAAUCUGAAAAUAAUUUUGCACUUCUUGAUCAGCAUUUGUGGAGUGAAUAGCGAACCCAGCCUCUUGCCUUAUGUGAAGAAGGUUAUUGUUUACUUGGGCAGAGAUAAAACAAUGCAACUAUUGGAAGAACUGGUGAGUGAACUACAGCUUACAGAUCCAGUCAGCUCUGGAGUCACUCACAUGGAUAAUCCACCAUAUUACCGCAUCACUUCUAGUUACAAAAUUCCUUCUGUCACUUCAGGUACCACUUCCAGUAGCAAUACAAUGGUUGCUCCUACAGAUGGCAAUCUUGACAAUAAGCAUACAAAAGAUAGUAUUGAAGAGAACUAUGUGCAUCUAGAUAUCUACAGUGGGUUGAAUAGUAAUUUGAACCGCCAGCACCACAGGCUAGAAUCUCGCUACAGCAGCAGCUCUGGAGGAUCAUACGAAGAGGAAAAAAGUGAUUCAAUGCCACUGUAUUCUAACUGGCGACUGAAAGUGAUGGAGCAUAAUCAAGGAGAGCCUCUACCCUUUCCACCUACUGGGGGUUGUUGGUCACCACUGGUGGAUUAUUUACCUGAAACUUCAUCUCCAGGCAUGUCUCUUCACAGGUGUAACAUAGCAGUGAUCCUUCUGACUGAUUUGAUAAUUGACCACAGUGUGAAGGUGGAAUGGGGAGGCUACCUCCAUCUUUUACUUCAUGCAAUUUUUAUAGGGUUUGACCACUACCACCCUGAAGUGUAUGAGCAUUGUAAACGCCUGCUUUUGCAUUUGUUGAUAGUGAUGGGCUCCAACAGUAAUGUCCAGUCUGUUGCUUCUGUCCUUCUCAGGAACAGGGAGUUUAAUGAACCCAGGGUGCUUACUGUCAAGCAAACUGCACAUUUAGAUUAUACUUUCACAGUUGUUUUUCUUUCAGCAGGCGUUAAUGAUUUUAUACCUGAUUACCAGCCCUCCCCAAUGACAGACUCAGGGCUUAGUUCAAGUUCUACCUCUUCUAGCAUCAGUUUAGGAAAUACCAGCGCUGCCAUUUCUCAUCUGCACACCACCAUCCUCAGUGAAGUUGACAUUCCAGUAGAGCAGGAUGAAAAAGUGAAAACACUCAUGGAAUUUAUUACCUCAAGGAAAAGAGGGCCACUUUGGAAUCAUGAGGAUGUUUCAGCCAAGAACCCUAGUAUAAAGAGUGCUGAGCAGUUAACUGUGUUUCUAAAACAUGUGGUGUCUGUGUUUAAGCAAUCAAGUUCAGCAGGAUUUCAGUUGGAGCACCAUCUUAGUGAAGUUGCUUUGCAAACUGCACUUUCUUGCUCCUCUCGACACUAUGCUGGGAGAUCGUUUCAGAUUUUCAGGGCUCUGAAGCAGCCUCUUUCUGCAUCUACGCUUUCUGACAUUCUCUCCAGGCUUGUAGAAACUGUAGGAGAUGCAGGAGAAGAAGCACAGGGUUUUGUCAUAGAGCUACUUCUGACUCUAGAAUCUGCCAUUGAUACAUUGGCUGAAACCAUGAAGCAUUAUGAUCUUAUAUCUGCACUUUCUCAAACCUCAUAUUAUGAUCCUGUAAUGGGAAACAAGUACGCAGCUAACAGAAAAAGCACUGGACAGAUAAAUCUAAGCACAAGUCCUAUUAGUAGUGGCAAUUGUUUGGGAUAUUACAGCAAUGCAAGGAGUAACUCUUUGAGACUGAGUUUAAUUGGUGACCGGAGAGGUGACCGUCGACGGAGCAACACACUGGAUAUAAUGGAUGGAAGAAUAAACCAUGGUGGAAGCUUAGCAAGGACUAGAAGCCUCUCCUCUCUGAGAGAGGGAGGAAUGCAUGAUGUGCAGCCCACUACUGAUCCUAUCAACCUGAUGGCCACCAUAUUUUGGAUUGCAGCAUCCUUGCUAGAAUCGGAUUAUGAAUAUGAAUACCUCCUGGCUCUCAGGCUGCUCAACAAACUGCUUAUUCACUUGUCUCUUGAUAAAUCAGAGAGUCGGGAGAAGAUAGAAAAGGUGCAGAGUAAACUGAAAUGGAAUAACUUUCCAGGCCUUCAGCAGCUCUUCCUUAAGGGCUUUACCUCAGUGUCUACACAGGAAAUGACAGUUCACCUCCUCAGUAAACUCAUCACGGUCUCCAAACAUACAUUGGUUGAUCCCUCCCAAUUAGCAGGAUUUCCUCUUAACAUCUUGUGCUUACUGCCUCAUCUAAUCCAACAUUUUGAUAACCCAACUCAGUUCUGUAAAGAAACAGCAGACAGGAUAGCGAAGGUUUGUACAGAGGAGAAGUCACCAACCCUUGCCAAUUUGGCGCAUAUGAUGAGUUUAUACAGUACACACAGUUAUUCCAGAGACUGUUCUAACUGGAUUAACGUAGUGUGCAGAUAUUUGCAUGACUCCUUCUCAGAUACCACAUUUAACCUUGUAACUUAUCUUGCAGAGCUGUUAGAGAAAGGGUUAUCCAGUAUGCAGCAAUCUUUAUUGCAAAUCAUUUACAGUCUUCUGAGUCAUAUUGACCUGUCUGCCGCACCAGUGAAGCAGUUUAAUCUGGAGAUCAUAAAGGUUAUUGGUAAAUAUGUUCAGAGUCCAUACUGGAAGGAGGCCCUUAAUAUUUUGAAACUGGUGGUGUCUCGAUCAGCAAGUCUCGUUGUACCUAAUGAUAUUCCAAAAUCUUAUGGAGGUGAUAUAGGUUCUCCUGAAAUCUCAUUCACAAAAAUGUUUAAUAAUGUCUCCAAGGAACUACCUGGGAAGACCUUAGAUUUUCAUUUUGAUAUAUCAGAGACCCCAAUUAUUGGGAAUAAAUAUGGUGAUCAGCACAGUGCAACUGGCAGAAAUGGGAAGCCAAAAGUCAUUGCUGUCACUCGGAGCACUUCUUCAACUUCAUCGGGGUCCAAUUCCAAUGCCUUGGUCCCUGUCAGCUGGAAAAGGCCGCAGCUAUCUCAGAGAAGAACGAGAGAGAAGCUGAUGAAUGUGCUCUCACUGUGUGGUCCAGAAUCUGGUCUCCCCAAAAAUCCAUCAGUUGUGUUUUCUUCUAAUGAAGACUUGGAAGUUGGGGACCAACAAACAAGCCUUAUUUCAACAGCAGAAGAAGUAAUUCAAGAGGAGGAAGUGGCUGUGGAAGAUAACAGCAGUGAACAACAGUUUGGAGUUUUUAAAGAUUUUGACUUUUUAGAUGUUGAGCUGGAAGAUGCAGAGGGUGAAAGUAUGGACAACUUCAACUGGGGAGUCCGUAGGCGUUCACUCGACAGUAUUGACAAGGGAGACACACCAUCCCUUCAAGAAUGUCAGUAUUCUGGUAGCACACCCAGCUUGAAUUUGACCAAUCAGGAGGAUACUGAUGAGUCCUCAGAAGAGGAAGCAGCACUGACUGCAAGUCAGAUAUUAUCCCGAUCACAGAUGUUAAACAGUGAUUCUGCCAUAGAUGAAACAAUAUCAGAUCGUGCAAGUUCAUUAUUGCAAUCUCAAGACUCCACUAGCAGUAUGGGAACAGAAGAGGUGCUUCAAAUAAGAGCUGAGACCCCAAGUUUGGAGGCUUCGCCUCUAGAUAACUCUAGCAACCAGCUGCCUGAGGAUGGCAGUUCAGCUGUCAAGGAUGAACAGGUUAGCAUUGCUAGUGAAGACACUGGAUCAUAUGUAUUACAAGAACAACAAGAAUCUCUAAUCUGUCAGGAACCUCUAGAGUUGGAAGAAAUUCCUGAAAUGCCAGAACUGCCAGCUCCUGAGAGCUAUUCUGAAUCUAUAUGUGACGAGGAUGUCACCCUUGCUUUGAAAGAGCUAGAUGAGAGAUGUGAAGAAGAAGAAGCUGACUUCUCUGGGUUAUCUAGCCAAGAUGAGGAAGAACAGGAUGGUUUUCCAGAAGUACAGACUUCCCCACCACCUUCACCAUUUCUUUCUGACAUAUUGGCAGCUUUUCAACCAGUGGCAUAUGAUGAUGAAGAGGAGGCCUGGCGCUGCCACGUCAAUCAGAUGCUGUCAGACACUGAUGGAUCUUGUGCAGUCUAUACUUUUCAUGUGUUCUCCAGGUUAUUUCAGACCAUUCAAAGAAAGUUUGGGACUAUAACAAAUGAUUCAAUCAGUUUUCUUGGUGAAGGUCUACAGCGUAUUGGAACAAAAUUUAAAAGUUCGCUGGAGGUGAUGAUGAUGUGUUCGGAAUGCCCAACAGUCUUUAUUGAUGCUGAAACGCUGAUGUCCUGUGGCUUACUAGAAAUGUUGAAGUUCAGCGUUCUAGAGCUUCAAGAACAUCUAGAUACCUAUAAUGCCAAAAGAGAGGCAGCAGAGCAGUGGCUAGAUGACUGCAAAAGGACAUUUGGUGCUGAUGAUGGCAUACACAAAACCAAUACAGAUGCUCAGCAAAUGGAAAUUCUAGCAGAGCUGGAGUUGUGUCGGAGGUUAUACAAGUUGCAUUUCCAGUUGCUGCUUCUGUUCCAAGCCUAUUGCAAACUUAUCAGCAAAGUAGAUACAAUCAAAAAAGAGGCAGAGGUUAUAAACAUGUCAGAAGAACUUGCCCAGCUGGAGAGCUGUUUGAAAGAGGCUGAAUCUGCUUCAGACAGUGGUAUUGAAGAAAUUGAAAUACAAGAGGCUUCCCAAGCUAGCACAGAAACUGCCAUUCAUUCUCUCAUUGAAACCUUGAGAAGCAAGGAGUUUAUAUCAGCAGUAGCACAGGUCAAGGUUUUCAGGUCUAUUUGGCCCAAUGACAUAUUUGGCAGUUCUGAAGAUGACCCAGUCCAGACACUGUUGCAUAUAUAUUUUCGUCAUCAGACAUUGGGCCAAACUGGUAGCUUUGCAGUAGUAGGCUCUAACCAAGACAUGUCAGAAGCCAGCUCAAAACUGAUGGAACUUAAUCUAGAAAUUCGAGAGUCUCUUCGCAUGGUUCAGUCCUAUCAGCUUCUAGCAAAAGCCAAACCUGUAGGAAAUAUGGUGAGCACUGGAUUCUGAACAGCUUUUCAUUUAGUAGAGAAACAAAGCGAAGGAUGCCUCAGAAGAUUAUCAAGCACCUUUCAUUAAAAAAACUAAUGGCCAAUACAGAAUUUUAACAUAGCAAGAAAUUUCAUCAAAAAACAAAGAUCUAAAAACCAAUGGAGUUAACAUCUUACUGACUGCUGUUUCUACACACAACAGUUGUGUGGGCGGUAGUGAUUUUUUAAUUAUAUAGAUAUAAACUACAUUAAAGGAAAAGGGCUAAAAGCAAUGCAUAUACAUGCAUUAUUUUCUGUAGAAACAGAAUUGUAAGUGCUGUUGCAGUAAUGGCCUCCAGAUGUUGAGACAAGUAAAGCAGGUGGGAUGAGGCUAAAAUCAAGGCUGAUUUAUUUUGGCUGAAGACCUGCAAGAUUUCCUGGUUUUACAGCAGUACAUGUAAUCAUCAACUAAUUGCCUGAUGACACAUUUUGCAAUGUCAUGAAGAAUGUGCAGUCAUAUAUGAGCAGAAAAAGGACUUGUAAAGACUUUGCAAAAACCAUUGAUUUCUCAAUGUUUUGUUUGCUUUUUGUUUUGUCUGUAAUGAGGAAUUAUGUGUGAGAGUUGAAAUGUAUGGAUAUGUGACCGUUGCAUUUUGAAGGUAUGGAUGUUUGUUGAUGAGGUCUCAGAGCAUGCCUAAAAGAGCAAUGCAAGAUUAUUUUUGGAGAAAUUUUAUUUUAUUAGCUCUAAUCCUCAUAGUGUGUAAAUGUUAGGACAUUUAAUAAUAUUUUAAACUGGGAUUCCCCAGUGUUUCUAAAAGAAAUAAUAUAUCUGUUAAACUAUUGGAAUGCUGCUCAGUUCUCUGAUCAGUGCUUAUGUUACAAAUAUUGAUAACUAACCAAAAAGUAGCUGCCUGCAGAGACUUUAAAAUGUAUAUUAAAGAUAUAUGCUGCCCAUCAGCAAUUCUCAUUAGAAGAAAGUUAACUUAUUUUAUUCUGUAUAUAUUCUAGAAAGUGUAUAGUGCAAAACCAGUAUUUUUCUUGUACAUUCAUGCAAUGCACUGUUAUAUGAGAAUAGAUGUACAAAGCUAAUGGGGGAAGGGGAACAGUGGCUAUUAGUAGUAAAAUACAUGAUUUGCAGUCGGCGUAGUCUGCUGAGUUCAAGAAAAGAGGUGUGAAUGCAUUUACACGUAUCUUCAUAACUCAUGUUACACCUCAGGAACUGGGACUACAGGGGAAAAAAAUGAAAGGAAGAGGAAACUGACUAUCAAAACCUGCAAUAUACUUCUAUAUACUUAUAGUUCAUAGUCAUUGUUCACUGUAGCAUAAAAUGAACUGGAUUCUGUUGAAAAUAGCAUUUUGUAAAAGAAAUACGUGAAUGUAGUCCCAUGAUUCCUGUGAUUUGAAAGGAACACCCAGUAUUUUUAUAUGCAUCUCUCUUACCCACUGUGAUGAUUUUUUUUUUAAACUGGGCUCUGUAAUUCCGGAGUUUAGAAUGUACAAAUGAAAUUCUUAGCUUUGCCUUUUCUUGGGGAAGUGGACCCCACUAGAAAUGUAAUUAUGCUGAAAUGCAUUAACUGAAGGCACUGUGCACCCUGUUGGACUGCUGACAGUAGUUGAUACCUUAACAAGCUCUGUAACUGGUCAAGGCACAUUCAUAAUCACUGUAUUUUUUUGAUCUGAUAAAAUUGAAUUAUUUUGAUGUUUCUGUGGUACUGUAGAUGGUGUUCUUAAUUAUUUAAUAAGUAUUUACUGGGGAUAUGUAGUUUUAUUUAGUGGCGCAUUACACUUUUAUUUACAUCAUCUUUUACCAGCUCCCCCCCUUUUUUUUGUAAAAUAAAAACAUUGUAUCUGUCA